CUGGCUUGGCACAGGCAGGAGAGAAGGACUUCUUAUAAAGGCAGCCAUGCCGGGCACCACCAUGCUAUCCGGAGUGAAAGCUCCCAUCCAUGAGCAGAUUGUGGAGCUACAGAAGAAGAUUCAGCUGAUGGAUGGCGAUCACAAGGCUUACGAGGAGAACACCAGCUCGCAGGUUCAGAAGAACUGGGAAACCAUACAGUUCCUGCGCCAUGAAGACAAGAAGCUGCAUAAGAAGCUGGCUGAUGUACUUGCGGGUGACGAGAAGGUGAUCAAGGAGGCGUUUCAGAGCCAUUCUGUGGAGAGGGCUUGUAUGAGGAACAAGAGUGGCCGUGCUGCCAUUCAGUUGAUGGAUCAGAAACUCUGUGACAAAAUCAAGAAUCUAAACGCGUGGCGCCAUCAGACUGAAGUUCGGAAGAAGCGAUUAGAACUUCUGCAGGCAGAGUACAAGGAGAAAGCUGAAAAUGAACAGGCCAAGCCAGGGAAAGAAGACUGCGCUGCACAGAAAGAGCAGAAUGAAGCCAAAGAAGAGGAGGAAACUCCUCAACAGAAUCUACGCAUGUUGGAGAAUCGCCUGGAGAAGGCACAGCUGAAACUACAGGAAUCGGAGCACAUAUACAAUGUAUACCAGAAGCUGAAAGACCACAUGCAGGAGGAAAGCCUGACAUUUCAGUCACAGCUGGAUCUCUUGGAGGCUGAAAUACUGCGACAGAGACAAGAAUUGAAGGAACUUCAGGUGGUGAACAAGGAGGCAGUGACAUCACGGGAAAUGGGCCGGGCAGAACUUCAGCGGCAGGAGGAGGAAUUCCACCGUGAGCGCAGAGAGAGGGAGGCGAUCCUGCAGGAGUAUAAGAGCAAAGCAGAGGAAAGACGUUUAUUUGCCGAGAGAGAUCGCAGGGUUCAGCGUGUAGUUUUGCCAGGAGAGGAUACUCCUGUGGAAACCCAGCUGGUGGCAAGUGGACAAGAGGAGGAAAAAAUGAUCCGCACUUAUCAGGAGGCCUUUCAGAAAAUCAAGGAGGCCACUGGGGUGACUGACACACAGGAAGUGGUCAAGCGUUUUGUUGCUCAGGGAGAGACCCAUCAGCACCUGGAGGAACUGAAGAGUGAGAAUGAGAAGACCCUGGUGAGGCUGAAGGAAGAUAAGGAGAGGCUGCAGGAAGUCUUCCAAGAGCUCAAGUACUCGGGAGAGGCCAAGCUAUCCAGUGGCCAGCAGGUACUGGAAGAGCUUCAAACUCAUCUUCAGGAGGAGGACAAGAGGCGGGACAAGUGUAAGGAGGAUCUGGAGAAAAUGUCUAAAAUCCUGAGCAAUUCAAAGUCAGGAAUGGAGCAUCUGACUAGCAAAGUCCAGCACAUCAAGGUG